UGCUGCUCGUAGCGCUCCUGUUGCUAUAUCGUCGCCGUUCGUCCAUCACCGCAUCUCAUCGCAUUCUGCAUCUUGGACGGGCCUGUGCCGCUGCUGCAGCCGUGACUUGCUCGCCCGUGGUUGCAGGGACUCGAGACGCAUCCAAUCACACCUCUACCGCCUCGCUACUGUAUCGAUACCACCUAAAGAGUCAAGAAGCGCCAGCGCACACGUCGAGGCUGUGGAGAGUUGCGCCCAAAGCAGCUCGCUCUAUCCCAAUACCUGUGCUCCAUCUGGCAAUGCGGUAGAGGAUCGCUUCUGCCCCAUCUGAGGACUGCUGCCGCCGUAGGGCUUCGACCGGGCUCCCUAAUGGCGACAUGAUGAGAAGAACCCAACACUCGGCCUCGCCUUUGGCGCAGGCCUCGUCUACGCCGCCCGUGUCGCCCACUGUAACGCACGUCUCUUCCCGGAGCCACACGCCCUCGCACAAUACAACUGUCGUCGAUGACCCGCCUGCUGAGGCUCCGCCCCGGUUCUCCAGUCCGCCCAGGUCGCCAUCACCUCGCUCCUCCAAGCAGCCGCAAACAACCACCAUGGGGAGUCGACCUGGCGGAUCGCAAGACAAUAGCAACAAUGAGAGAAUGCCGUCCCACUUGCAGCGGCCCCAGCUGCCCGCUUCCAUGUCCGCUCCCGCUGGUCGCUUGCCUCGCCUCCUCCCAGCCGAUCUCUCAUCGUACACCGACGCGUAUCUGCCGACUGCGGCAAUCCCCACGUCCGCGACUUCCCUCGCAGAGCUCGCCCACCUAACCCGCCUCCAGGGCUAUCAGGAACAGCGCAAGGCCCACUCGCGCGUCCGUCUACACCGCUGGCUCGUUUCAAGCGCCCUCUCCGCACGUCUGGUACAUUGCGGAGAGCUCGCGUACCGAACCCUGGUUGACAACUUUAGGUCCGACGACAAGAAAGGCUUUGCGUCCCUAUACAUUGCUCUUAACGAUGUCCGGAACUCAUGUGACGCCACUCGGCAGUACGCAUUAUUGGAGCCUGAUCUGGAGUUUGGCAAGUCCAAAAGCAUGAAGAGCGACAAGGCUCUUUCUUCCUCAACUUUCCUCAACGAAGUCCCCUCGAAGAUUUUGGAUGAUCUUUUGGACUUCAUUUCUGAAAUUCGUACCAAUCCUGAAUUUCUUGCUGCUCGCAUUUCCAGCCUUUCACAGCAGGAGCUCGCUUCUCUGUCCUCAUUUCGUCAAGCUAUGGAUCCUAUUGACUCAGUCAUGGCCAUCCAGGCACGCGGUAAGACUGCGGGUACUCAUAAGCCACAUCAGCAAGGUGGAAACCCCGUGGAGCGCCUUUUGUCUUUUCAGCGACACGAUCCUCUUGCAGCGCUUAUCUACACCAUUUUCGCCAACUCAUCGGGUCCGGAUUCCGCUGAGGAUCUUCGCCGGACCGACGUCUGGGCCACAACAUGUGCUAAGCUGAUCAAGGACACCAAAACCGGCUCCAACUUCAUCAGGACGGUCCUUGACGUCUGGGCUGGAAUGCGGGAAUGGCCUGGUAAAGCCAAUUUGGAGCUCUACCUAAUGCAGGUCCUGCAAGACGGUCAGUUUCUACUAGAGAAAGCCGAGGAGCAGUCCGCACGCCCAGGAACACAGCCAGUUGCGCGGAGCACCAAGGAUACCAUUGCAGCCGACGAGUUUUUUGACAAGGCCGUCAAGCGUCUCUUUGAGGUUGUUGAUGAUGAGCCCAGUGCCGGUGGCAUCCCAGAAGGUGUCCUCGAGAUCGGGAAUGCCAUCCUUCGAAAGCUGGACGAAGAAAAGAACCUCCGCAAAGCAUCGCAGAAUUUCUUCGUUUCCCGUUGGCUGUUCUCCACUUUCCUUCUAAACGCUAUCAUUCACCCCGAGGCAUGUCUUCUCCGUUUCCACGCAACCCACGGUAUAAUGAUUGGCCACCACAUCAGCGAGCAUGCCCGACAGAAGAUACUCAAGGAAAUUGCUAUCCGAGCUCAGAAACUUGUUCUGGACAUGACCUACAAUUGGCGGCAACAGGUGCCCGUGCUUCCGGAAAUCCGCGUUCAUAUCGAGAACAUUUUGGCCCGGUUCAAGCACACUAAGACUCCAUCUAAGCCUAUUCUUCUUCCGGCAAAGGCCAUCACAUCUCCCAGGGAAACCGUUGAAGUUCAGCCUUUCAUCGUUCUCUCUCCCUCUGAUAUCAUCACUUUGGUCAAUGCCCUCUUCCCAGAGCGACGCCCUUCCUCUAGCCACGUUGAUAAGGAAAGCCAACGUCGUACUGGCCUGACCUCAUCUACUUCGUCUGUAUCCGGUGUUUCUAUACCUUUCCGUAGCGCUGCUGCAUCUGCGGGCGAUGCAAGCUCCAUUCUUAGCGCCAGUGCGUCAUCCAUGACUAGCGACCAGACUUCGCGGGAGCCACUGCUGGACAGCAUCUUGACAUCAACCGAGCAACAUGCCGAGGCCAAGGUCGCUCCAACUGAGUUAUACGGAAAACGCCUGCGAACAGCAUGUUCUGAGAUGACUCGAGUCCUGGGUGUUGAUGCGACCUCCGGUUCAUGCCAUCCUUGUGCUGAACGAUGGGCUGUACUUUACAUUUCUGCUGAUGGAAAGCAGCUGAAACCACGCAUGCGUAAGGAUUUUGACGAUGAAGAUGAGCAUGACGAUGACUCGCCCGAAAGUGAUAGUAGCGACGAUGAGGGCGCUGGAGAUCGAUUUGACCUCGGGAACGACUACCACCAGUUAAAAGAGGCUAUCGCUAAACUAGUUGAAGAAUACGAAAUUCCCAAGGAGCUAGCGCCAGACAGUGAAUCAAAGAGCUUCAGCAACCGAAUGACUACGCGCAAGAGCAACCGAGGCAGGGGCGCAGUGCGGCAUCACAGCGAAAAUCUUGGGUCACGCAACCCGUACAACUCAACGCAAAGUCAGAGUCAGCUUACGAAUAUGAUUGCGAGCCAGAGAAACGUCCCAGGUCGGCAUCGCUCCCCGCAACUACCGAGAAGCAACAGCAACCCGCAGAUCCAGGAGAAGCAAGAAAACAACUCGGUGCUCGUAACAAUGCUCGAGACAGCCAUGUAUCAAUGCCAGGCACGGUCCGACUUCGUAAAUGCCCAUAUGUACUACAAGACUUUACUAAGCCUCCGGAGACUUAGUUCUCCUACUUUGGUAAGGAAUGGAUACGCCGCUCUUUUGAACUACUUCUCGCGCGGCCCCCGCGAUCUGCUUAGCAAAGCCGCAAAUGCGAUUGAAGAGUUUGAAGCCUGGUUCGUCUGGCUGAAGCAGUCUCAAGAGAGGUCUGACGCCAUGAUCGAUGACAUGAUGAUGGAUUUCAAGAACUUGCGAGACAAGAUGUGGUACAUUACUGAUGUCCGCGCCUCCAAACCCUAUGAGGAAGCGAGGGACGUCGCACUUGCACUCAAGAUCAUGGGCCAACAAUCGAAGACGCUUGAUGGUAAAGGUACCCAGGGUCCUCGAUCACGGAAUUACUCGAAAUCCUCCGCAAACAACUUCUUACUGAAGAACGAGGCUCAACUUGUUGACAUUCUGUCGGCAUCGCAAGACUUCGGUGGUCCUAAUAAGCUCUCAGAUGAGCAGUCCGACAUUACUUUGAAGUGGCUCACGCAGUAUGGUGUUGAGAAUUUCUGCAAAGGCGAAGAGAGGAUACAUCGCUUCUGUCUUGAAGUUGACAAAUGUGUCAACAAGAUCAUUGGUGAAGGCCUCAUGGACGGCCCUGUACUUUGGGCCAGUGAUCUAUACAAACGGGACCAACAGGUCCUCGAAAGUGGACGACAGAAAGGCGACCUCUUCCUCACUGGCGUCGGCACGCUAUCGAUCGCAGGUGACGAGGAGUAUGAAACCCACGGUCGUCCCCUCCAGCACAACCUUGACUUCGCUCAACGACCGAGUCACAGCAGUUUACGCUCUGUUGCGAAUCGCAAUGACUCUCAACACAGCUUCGAUCAGAGCUCUUGGGGAAGAAGCCCGAUGGAAUCUCUCGACUACUUCGGCGGGUCAUCGCCAGUCCUGUCAAUCGACUCCACGACCACAUUCUGGUCUCCUUUCCAGACGCAGGCCCAGUCUCCUACCAGCGCCACUAGCAUUCGUCCACGUACCGCAUCAUCCUCUAGGGGCACUGUUAUGUUGAAGCAAUCUGCAAGCGUUAACGAAGAUAAGCGCCGAUUCAUGCUUGACUUGAAGCAAACUCUCACAGGCUUAUUGUUAAGCGAUCUGGGAACAAUGGUUUUUGCAACUGGAAGCGAGACGGACUCUUGGUUCAGUGGAGACCUAUUGGAGGAUUGCAUUGAGCGCAGGGAUGAGGAAGAGCGCAAACGGAAAAAACUAAUAGCGAAGAAGAAGAGCAUGAAGAACAUGCGAAAGCAAGCUCUACCCGAGCAUCGUAAUGCUCCCUUGGAGGCGCUUGGUCGUCCCGAGCGAAGUCAAGCCGCCCCACCGGUCGCAACCUAUCAGCACGCGGCAGCGUCUGAUGUUCACCACUCUGCCGGCGAGCACUCGUCGACAUCGAGUGAUGCCACUUCACGUCCCUCUGGCAUAGCUACUGCGAAGAAGGCAGGCUUAUUGGAAUUCCCAUACAACGUUGCUUUCCGACGUCUCCUCAGCAAGUUCGAGACACACCCCAAUCCCUUCUCCAAACUGCAUGCUCUAUACGAGCUUGAACUUCUCAUCAUUGCUUCGCUCUCCUCCCGAUCUGGACGCUCCUACAAUAAUCGACGCGAUACUCUACCUCCAGUUCCCCAGUCACCGACCCUCGGCGCUAUGCCGGAGCUUAGCUCGCGUGAGCCAGCUACACAUACUUCACGUGCGCAGAACUUGGAGGAGGCGAUUGCCAACUGUGAAGAACGUCGCUCUCAUAGCAUGAACGUAGAGCGUGCUAGCAAUGCUUCACCCCUGCCAAACCGUAGCGGUGCACGCUCUCCUGUGGGCCCACCGAGCACCGACAUGAUUGUUGAAGUCAUUCAAGGCCUUCUCCGAGACGCCAAUAUCCGACCAAAGACCCUAUUCAGGGACCUACAGUACAUUGCCUCAUUUGUACCGGCACAGAUGCUCGACAAGACGGCGCGAGGCAAAGCAUUCUGGGAUGUAGGCCUUGCUGCUCUAGGUCUCAAGCAAGACGUCUGCCGCAUCAUGGUCGAGCUUGUGGAUGAAGUCAUCACCCAGAACUCCAAGCGUGACGCUGUUGUCAAGCAGAGCAACGGUGGCACCGAGAAACCGGGGGUAACCUCCACUCUGCCGCCACCAACAGACGCUCCUGUAUCUCGUUACAACAUGGAGGAUGCUGCGCGCAUGCUGCUCAUUACCGCCAAGGAAGGUGAUGCGGUUGCCGAGCGUGAACUCGCUAUCUUUUACCUCACUUCACCCGAGCUCGUCCACCGCACUGUGCUACCACUUACCAAGCCGAGCGAAGUCUUCAAGACGGAGCUUCUCAAUCGUGAGAAGAGGGCUUCCUCAGACCCUGCAAGAAGUGAUCCGAUGACCAUGUGUGUUGCACAGCACUGGAUGGAGCAGUCGAUGCGCGGUGGCGACCAACUUGCCGCCAAGUACCUACGCCAAAGAAGCGAGCUGGAGAACAUCCCGACGCGAGCGUAG